GUCCUUCCCCAUUGUCAGGUUCACGCGUCCGUCCCACAGCGGCAUGGACGACUCCCCGCCACCAAGCCAGACGGCCAUCGAGGCCCAGCGCCGGCACGCGCUAAAACUACGGCUGCGGGAACAGUGCGUGGCCUUGAAAGUGGACGUCGAGCGUGUAUUCGAUACUCCAGACGAGAGUCAGGCGUCAAAAGACCUUGUGCCCCCUCCAGUGUUUUUCAAAACAUUGGCUUCGAAAGGGAUUCGCUUGACGGAAGAUGAAAAGCCCCUGCUGCGGCACUUUUCGUCCCCGUCUGGACUCAUCUCGCUCAAAUCGUUCUUCAACUACUUGGACCUGCAGCGGCCCCCCGACCACGUCGAUCCCGACCUCACGUUUGCAAUGCUGCCGCAGCCAUUCCGCAUGCUAGCCAAGAUCCUAGAAAACGACAUCCUCGACCGGGCGUGGGGAGCGAUUACGUCCUCCAUCACGUACAAGCUGCUGCAAGGACAACUGAAUGCAGACCUUCGAGAGAAGGAAGCCAAGGCCCUGCUCAGCCCGCCAAACGCAGUGGCAAGGCUUGACAUCACAGUUCCGACGCUACCGUCGCCAGUUCGCGUCAGUGGCGACCGCGACAUGAUCGGGAUUCUGCACGGCUAUACAUCGUUGGAACUGCUUCAAUCGAACGGGACUCAAACCAUGGCCCCGACGACCCCCCUUUUUCCAUCCCCUCGGCUUCAAGUUCAUUGUCUCUCGGCACUCAUACCCAUUCGCCUUGGUCUCAUCAAGCGGACAUUCUUCAGUGUGGCAGCGUGGAAGGUACCCAAACCUUCACCCCCGCCCCCCAUAGACGGCGUACCAGCGCAACCCGAUGUUCCCGACCCUGCGAUGGACGCACUUGAAAGCUUAGUCCACAUGUACGCUACCGAUGGCGCCACCACGACACUUCGAUGCACUCUGGCCUCCAUGGACCGCGUCGUGGGCCUUGUCUUGGCCGACGAUGUAUCCCACAUGGCUGUCCAAUUCGAAUCCGGCAUGGUUGAGGUGUAUCGCACUGCAGGAGCCACCGCAGAUAUCGAGAGCGGAAAUGUGCUCAUGCUGGACGCCUCCCACCUGGCAUUGCACGUCGAUCCUGCGUCCUAUGGCAUCCAUCCGCCAACGAAAUCCACGAUGCAGGAGGUUGCUACUGCUCCUGUCCCCGCCAAACCCGACAAGCACAAGGACAGAGGGGGCGCGAAGGGGGGCAAGGACCAUGCCGUCGAGGAAGCGCCCGUGGCAGUCGCCCCGUCUGCCGUCUACGCGUCCUACUUGUUCCUGGCGUUUUUGGUCGACGCAUCGUCACGCCAGCCUCCGACAACUCCCCCAACAACCACGGGCAUCGUGCUUGCUAGUCAAUUCAAAACACUGCAAUAUCGGCUGGAAGCAUCACCUUCUGCGCUUACCCCUCCAAACUGCGCGUCCACGUCCGUGGUACUCUCGUCCACAGUGACGUGCGCCGCACUCGACGCUAGCGCGACCCUCCUUGUCCUCGGGCUUGAAAGUGGCAGUGUCGUUGCGUGGGAUACCCGUUUGCAUGUCGAGCAUUCAGGGUUGGGCUGCCACAGCGCUCCUGUCGUGGCUCUGGCGCUGUUCAAAACGGACUGCCUAGUGAGUUUGUCCAAGGGCAAUCAAGUCCACUUCUACUCGCUCCGGGGCGAUGGGCCUUCGUGUGGAGGCAACGCGUCGCACAAGUCGCUCGUGCGGGUUCGCACUGGCGAGCCUGGCACACCACCCUACACUUCCGUGGCAACCCUUGCGGACGUUCCUUUGACAAUUCUCGGGCACGCCGACGGCACAUUCACAGUUGUAGACUGCAGGACCGGCGACGUCAUUGGGAGCUUGAGUUUGGAUGACCAACGCCCUGACUUUCCAUUCGAUUCGUUGUCGGGGGUCCACCCUUUUGUGAUCGGAGAUGUCGUGUACGUGCCAACGACUCACGACAAGCACGUUGCCGACGACAGCGUGCGAACUAUUCAACUAAACUCGUUCUCGUCCACGUCGAUCUUAUCGACGUGCUUUCCUCGAAGUGCCUGGAGUUCUCCCAGCAACUUUUUGGACAAGGUCGCGCCGGUCAGCACCCCAGCUGCUCCGACAGCGACUUCAAAGCCGACUCCGUCCCCUCCAUCGAAGGCUGGACUCCCUCCAACAUCGCACCUUGCUCGCACGCGACAGCCGUCUGUGCAUGGCUCGGCAACGUUGCUUCUUGGGCGAGAAGGGUCGACGACACCGUCCACGGCAUUGCCUGUGAGCUGCAGUUUGAAUGCCGCCGUGCCUCCCCCCGCCAAGAGUUUGCAUUCAAUUUACAUGCGCGUCCUGCAAAAGCAUCAGAGCGUCGCAGCUGAACGCGACGCCCGCCUCGCCAAACGGCGGGCAGACGUGUUGAAGGCGCUCAACUCGAUGUGGUGA